GGACUUACCUGACUGACUGUGUGUGGUGGUGUGGUACACUUGCAAUGAUCGUUGGACAAAUAGGAAAUUUUCUGGCAUACAAUGUUGCCCCUGCAGUUGUGGUCACUCCCCUUGGAGCCCUUGGUGUCCUAUUUGGGGCCGUUCUGGCAUCCUGGCUUCUUCAGGAACAUCUCAAUCUCAUAGGGAAACUUGGCUGCGCGUUGUGCUGUUGUGGUUCAGUUGUGCUCAUCAUUCACUCACCCAAGAGUGAAAAUGUCACAUCAAGAGCAGAACUAGAGGAGAGACUGAUGGACCCAGGUUUUGCAGUUGGCCAAGACUGUUCCUCUGGACUGAAUCUUUGGUGUGUGUAUGUCAAUGUGACGAGAGGAAACUCUACCGACAGCACUAUGGGUCAAGACAGAGGAAAGUACGAUUUCUAUAUAGGCCUCGCUUUGGCUAUAAGUUCCAGUAUAUUUAUUGGCGGUAGUUUCAUCUUAAAGAAGAAAGGACUCCUUCGACUGGCCAGAAAGGGCUCUAUGCGGGCAGGCCAAGGAGGUCACGCAUACUUAAAAGAAUGGCUUUGGUGGGCUGGCCUGUUAUCAAUGGGCGCCGGCGAAGGUGCCAAUUUCGCUGCAUACGCCUUCGCUCCUGCCACCCUCGUCACUCCUCUUGGGGCUCUCAGUGUGCUAGUCAGUGCGGUACUGUCCUCGUACUUCCUGACAGAGAGGCUGAACCUGCAUGGGAAGCUUGGCUGUCUGCUCAGUAUCCUGGGCUCCACUACCAUGGUGAUACAUGCACCUCAAGAGGAGGAGAUCGACAGCCUGGAAGACAUGGCCAAAAAACUGGUUGAUCCAGGCUUCGUGGUCUUCGCGACAGCUGUCAUCAUCAUAGCUCUCAUCUUCAUCUUCGUAGUGGGCCCACGCCACGGGCAGACCAGCAUCCUGGUCUACAUCACCAUCUGCUCUGUGAUCGGUGCUCUGUCUGUCUCCUGCGUGAAGGGAUUGGGCAUCACCAUUAAGGAGGCCAUCUCUGGGAAGCCAGUGUUGCGAAACCCUUUGGCCUGGCUGCUGCUGCUGAGCCUGAUAGCUUGUGUUAGCACACAGAUCAACUACCUGAACAAAGCACUGGACAUCUUUAACACAUCCCUGGUGACGCCCAUCUACUACGUGUUCUUCACCACCUCAGUGCUCUCCUGCUCUGCCAUAUUGUUUAAAGAAUGGGAACACAUGGGCACCGAUGACAUCAUUGGCACACUGAGCGGCUUCGUUACGAUUAUCGUGGGCAUCUUCCUGCUGCACGCCUUUAAGGACGUUAGCAUUAGCUUGGCAACACUGGCUGUGUCCAUCAGGAAGGACGAGAAGAAUGGCCCUGUAUUAAACGGCAUGACAGCUAACAACCACUCCAGUUACGAGCUGCUACAUACAGAGGACUUUGACGACAGAGAGUCAGGGUUGCCUUUCGACAGCGUCUCCAGAAGAAACGGCACUAUGACAGUCUCUUAGGUUCAGUGAGGAACCAGUAUGCAGCAGUUCGUCUAUGAAAUUGUUUUGGCUGCUCUAUGGACAUUUAGCAUUUUUCUUCCCUUUACAUAUAGGAGAUAAAACCUAAGACAAUCGACUCUCAACGCAAAAAAAAA